GCUGUGUGAUCACACCUCCGGGGUCUCGUGUCAACCCCGAACGUGGUCAACCUAGGCAUUAUAAAGAGUUGGUGGAGGGGCGCUGCCCCGCUCUCCUUCGUCCUCGUAACCGGUCGCUCUCCCCGCUGCUACGCUCUGCACUCCUUUAUCGCUCUUUACCCGCCCAAGGUCCUUGAUCCUGUCAUUACUCCCCGAUGGCUUUCCGCUUCGUAUACCGCAACCCAGCCCUUGCCCCGCUGUUCUUCGCCGUUGGCUUGGGGUGCUUCGGCGCGGUCGGGUACGGCAUCUACAAGCUCUCUUUUGACCCGGAUGUCUUGACCCAGCGCUGGGUUAACCCUACACCGCAUAACAAUGUUCGCCAGGACCAGAAUACCAAGUUCUGGUCCCCCAACCGCGAAUUCUGGGCGUCCCGCGUGGGCAUUGCCGAUCCUCGCGCUGCUUUCCUAGCUGCGGAGAGCGCGGCAGAGAAAGCGGGGAGCAAGGCGGUUCAGAAAGUGAAGGAGAUCUCGGCGAAGGUGACGGAGGGACCUUGAGGGAGGGAGAGCAGCAGUGCCUGAGGUGGACUGAUUAUUUUCCAGUUAUUGUUCGUGUAGAUCUUCUGUAUGUAUGUUAGAUGUGUUUGCUAUGUCUAUGUCUUAGUUG